AUGGUUCAAACAAGUACCAUUCUCACGGCGAUAUCCCUGGCCUCAUGGGUCAGUGCAUCUGUAAUACCAAAAUCAACUGAGAAGUUUAACUGGUCUUCCAAGAAAGCUUUACUCGCAUUCGGAGACUCAUACACAUAUGUACAAGGCACACACGGGCUUCAGAACUAUAGCUUCAUCGGUGACAGUUUCGAAUUCUCCUACAAUGAAGAGGAACUUCUCUCAAACAAGAUUGUUCAGAAUCAAACUGGAACCGCGGAGGGUGGACCCAACUGGGUAGAAUAUUUGACAGGAUGUGGCCUGCAGUCUGGUCUGACCUCACCACGAACAUGCGAAAAGCAACUUUGGGAUUUUGCAUUUGCUGGUGCAGAUAUUUCAACUGAGUAUACACCUCUACACCACAACUUCACCGUUCCUCUCGUGGACCAAAUAAAGCAAUACGCAACAUACGGCCACAGCACUAUAUCGAAGUUCCUCUCUGCAGAAGAAACUCUAGUCGCGAUCUGGAUCGGGAUAAACGAUGUCGGUGACAGUGCGAACUACGAUGUGGACUACUUCCCAACAUUCUACGCAAACCUCACAAAGACUCUUUUCGAAUCCGCAGAAACACUAUAUGAGCUUGGGUACAGAUCUUACUUGAUUAUGAAUCUUCCUCCUACAGAUCGGGAUCCAUCGAAUAUUGGUAGUAGUGACCCGACACCGAACGCAACGCAGGUGGUCUGGUAUAAUGACGCCUUGACGGAACAUGCGGAGAACUUUGGAAAACAGAAAAGGGAUGUUGAGAUUCGUGUGUUUGAUGCCAAUUCGCGGUUGAAUUAUAUUUUGGAUCAUCCGGCGGAGUAUGGGAUUGUGAAUACUACCGCUUAUUGUGCUGGGUAUGAUCAGCCGGAUAUUGCGUGGAAUUGGGCGGCUUACGGAUGUCCUACGCCGCUUGAUGAGUACUUUUGGUAUAACACUGGGCAUAUGACGAGUCAUACGCAUCGGCUUUUGACUACGGAGUUGGAGGGGUGGUUAGGAAGUUAA